UUAAGAAAUUGCAACUGAUAAAAUAAUCGUUAACAACAUCAAUAGAACCGUUAUGUUUUAAUCGAAUAUCGUUUCUUAGUUCAUUCGUGAAAAAUUCUCACCGAGGGAAGUUCCUAACUCUUCACGUUAUUUAAAUGUUUCUUUUUGCCUUAUACAUUUUUUUUGUUAUUCAAAAACACUUAUUUUUAUUUUGAAUAUCCCUGAUCACACGUGAAUACUUCAAAUCAAACUCGACGUAAUGUACGCUGUAAAAACACCGAGCAAAUACAUGACGGCAAAAACUAGAAGAGGUGUUCGCCAUAGUUUUGAUCGGCUAGAUUCUUUUCGAGAAAAUCUAAAAAAAGUUAAUGGGACAGAAGAAGAAGAAUUACCAUCCCCUGAACCAAAGCCAGUAUUCCAUUCAAACAGUCAUCGUAAAGCUUUAAACAAGUGUCAACCUCCACAUCAAGAUAUUUUAAGUCCCCAACAUGAAAAACUCAUACAUUAUAUGAAUCAAUCUUGGCAUUCAGUUAUAGAAGAUGAAGAUUCAUCCAAAAGUUCACAAAAAAUUGUUUACUUCAAACCUGAAAAUACUACAGAAGUUUUAAAUGGAUUUCAAGCAUUUGAUUUGGAUACAUACUGGAUCAAACGUUUGUAUAACAAUAUCACCAAGUCUGUGCCGUAAAUCUUUCAUACUUUAAAUUAUUUAUUAGAAAUAAUUUUACCAAACUUGCCCAUAGCUCAUAAUGUAUCGAAGACAUUUGAACACACGCGUAUGAUUAGUCAAUAUUGUGUCACAAAUUGUAGAAAUUAAUCGAUGUCUUUAGACACUGAAUGGGAUGGGAAGGGAAAUAUGGAAGCUAGUAGUGAUGUAGUAUUACAUAGUAGAAUCAAUGUUAUACAAUUACCAACUUUAAAUUUUGUGCAAGUAUUGAUUAGUUUAUUGUUGUUUCUUUAAAUGUACUGUUUUGUUUAUAGUUAUUAUUUUUUUUAUUAUUAUUAUUAAUUAUUAUUAUACAAAUUUAUGUUGUGUGUUAUCUGAACA